CUCACAUGAGCUAAAAAGAGUUCAUCACAAUGACAGGAAAGAAUGUGUGGCUUGAAGGGCUACCUUUCCCAGGCCUAGAUUUCUCAGCUGAAAUUCUGAGAGAGGUGCGGGAGAAUUUUACGAUUAAAGAUGAAGAUGUCAUAUUGCUGACUUACCCCAAAUCAGGAACGAACUGGUUGAUUGAAACUAUGUGUCUGAUUUACUCCAAAGGCGAUCCCAAGUGGAUCCAAUCUGUGCCCCCUUGGGAACGCUCGCCCUGGGUAGAGAAUAAUUAUGGGUAUAACAUACUAAAGGAUAAGGAAGGCCCACGCCUCAUCAGUUCUCACCUCCCCAUCCAACUCUUCCCCAAGUCUUUCUUCAAGACCAAGGCCAAGGUGAUUUACCUCAUCAGAAAUCCCAGAGAUAUUUUUGUGUCUGGUUAUUUUUUCUGGAGGCUAGCAACAUUUGUUGAUAGACCAGAGUCACUGGAACAAUAUUUUGAAUGGUUCAUCCAAGGAAAUGUGCCAUAUGGAUCGUGGUUUGACCACACUCGUGGCUGGAUGUCCACGAGAGACAAGGAGAACUUCCUGAUACUGAGUUAUGAAGAGAUGAAACAGGACACAAGAAGCACUGUAGAGAAAAUCUGCCAGUUCCUGGGCAAGAAACUAGAACCAGAAGAAAUGAACUCAGUCCUCAAAAACUGUUCCUUCCAGGUCAUGAGAGAAAACAAUAUGUCCAAUUUUUCCAUCUUGAAGCAUAAGUUUUUAGCGGAGAAUGAAAUUCUUUUGAGAAAAGGCAUUGUUGGGGACUGGAAAAAUUACUUCACGGUGGCCCAAGCUGAAACCUUUCAUAAAAUAUUCCAGGAGAGGAUGGGAGAUCUUCCUCCAGAGCUGUUCCCAUGGGAAUAAUAUUCUAAAACUUCUAGAUCUUACAUGAAUAUCAAUAUUUGUUCUGUUUAUAGAUGUGAAUGACUGCGGGUAAUUGCAUAAAAUCUAUUUCAUCCUGGAGCCUUGAAUUAUCAAAUAUCUGCAUCUUUGAUGAUUUGACUGUUAAAAGUGAUCAGGGUACCCCCAAUUCACUUUGUGGUAUCCCAGCUUUUUAAACAUGUUUAUAAUGUUUCAUUUCAUUCAUAAAGAGUGGUAAAGAAAUAAUAUAAGUAUUAUCCCAAAUUAUGUCAAUUUUUAAUAAAAUUGAGAAAUAAAAUUACAGAAGAGUUAAGGUUCCUUCUCUUCCCAUUGCCUGUACCUCUCCAAUUUAUUAUUCUUACAACUGUGAAGUAUAUAAUUCCCAAUCUAGCAUUAUUCCCUCACUAUGUGCUGUUUAACCAUAAACAAUAUAUUUAUGUUUUUAUGGAGGAUUUUUGAACUUAGAAAAAUGGCACACUGUAUAAUGCAUUCAUCAACUUACAUUUCUACUCAGUAUUUUAUAUUUGGGUAUCAUUGCAUGUUGAUUAUAUAACUAGUUCAUUAUUAGAUAUUGAGAUUUAUAGUUUAGUUACCCAUUCUCCUGCAGAUGAAUUUGGAUAUCUUCUCUGUCAAUUUUUCCCUAUUUAAAACACUGCUUUAGCCUAAACUAUGGUCUAACCUGGAGAAUGUUUGACAGAUAAGUGGAUAAGAAAAUGUGGUGUAUACAAGCAAUGGGGUAUUACUGAGUCUUAACAAAGAAAGAAAUUCUGCCAUUUGCAAAAUGUGAAUGAAUGCGAAGAACGUUAGGAUAAGUGAAAUAAGUUAGACAGAAAGACAAAUAAGGCAUGAUUCUACUUAUAUGAGGAAACAAAAAUAGUCAAACUCAGAAAGAGAAAGCAGAAUCGUAAUUACCAAGGGCUGGGGGAAGGGGAAAUGAAGAGUUACCAAUCAACAGGUACAAAGUUUCAGUUGUACAAGAUGAAAAUGUUCUAGAGAUUUACUGUACAAUAUUGUGCCUUUAGUUAACAAUACUGUGUUGUGCAUUUAAAAUUUUGUUAAGAUGGGAGAGCUCAUGUUAAGUGUUCUUACUGCAAUAAAAAAAAUGUUAACUAAUUAACUUAAAAUAAAUA